AUGGAAGAAGUGCAGAAGGGUGGUCCGUGGACUUAUGAUAGCCAUCUAUUAAUCUUGGACCAGGUGCAAUUGGGAGUGCAGAUCGAAAAUAUACCGUUAUAUCAUGUUGACUUCUGGGUGCAAGUCCACAAUCUUCCUGCUGGUUUUAUGUUAGAGAAAGUCGGAGUAACAAUGGCGAACUUUAUUGGUACUUUUGUUGAAUAUGAUAAGAACAACAACUCUGCUUUUUGGCGACAAUACAUGCGGAUAAGGGUGAAGAUUGACGUUCGGAAGCCAUUAAAUAAGUUCACCAGAGUGAAGAAUAAGGGUGGGGAAUGGUGUAACGUUAGCUUUAAAUAUGAGAAGCUUAGUCUAUUUUUCUUUGUUUGCGGUGUCCUUGGACAUUCGGAAUAUAGAUGCGCGGUUCGUUUUGCUAUGACUGAAGAUACAGGUUUAAGGGGGUGGUCGGCGGAAAUUCGAGCAGAAAAUAGGAGGUUUAGGGGUGGUAGUUCUCGCUGGCUGAAAGAAGAUGAUGGAGGAGAAGUGCAAAAACCUGGUGUUGAUUACAAUCCUCAAGCACGUGAAACUCAGUCUCCAUGA